CUGUACCGACCCGUUCGCGAGUAGGCUGUUGUUGACAACACACGCAGGUCAAUUACUGGAAUUAUCAUCCAAUUCAAUGAUUUCCAAAAUCACUGAAAAUCUACAAUAAUGAACACAUUUAUCAUAGCAAAUACCUAUUUAAUAUUUCGAUAACCCGUGGCUCGAUAAGCUACUCCCACCGAAAAUGCUGAGAUUUCUGGACACUUGCUCCGUUGUCCGCCAAGACAGAGUCAGUCUGUUCUAGACACCCUCACCUUUACGUUCACUUUGCCUUUGGUUUCUCCAUGUUUUCACAGUCCUCAUAAUUCGUUCAUCAGUAUUUACAAUUUUUCUCAGUGUUUAAUUUUACAAGUGUUUAAACACUUUAUUCUUUUCAAGUGUUUAAUUUUACAAGUGUUUAAACACUUUAUUCUUUUCAAUCGUUUUCAUUUUAAAACAUUUGAAUCAUGUUUAAAUGUGAACAGUGCUCGUCGGUUUUCACACGUAAAGACAAUUUGCUUUCACAUCAAAAGAAGCAUGCGGGUGUACGUUUUCCGUGCACUGUCUGUCCUUCGACAUUCUCAUUCAAGUCCAGCCUCAAUAAACAUUUAAAGAAUGCUCAUGGUAUGUACUAAAAAUAUUAAGUUUUAUUUCUAUCUUAUACAAUAUUAAUUUUUAUUAUUUUCCCCAAGGUAUCGUCAACGUCCUGGCUCACUUGAGACCAAUGCCUGCAGCGCCGAUCAACGAUCAACCAGCACGACCAAGCUUGAAACAGUUCGCGUCUCCUACCACUCCACAGAUCCAAAUCGCACCACAGAUAUUUAUGCCCGAUGUCCCGGCCGGUGGUUCGAGUAUGUUAUCCGAAGACGAUAUGUGUAUGCAAGCCAUGGACGAAUUUGAGGAUACAGAUUCUUAUACAACUACGGAUGCAACCGGUAAACGUAUUUCCACUGCCAACCCCACCUCAGCUGCUAAAGCUAAAAAAAUUAGAUUAAAUCUCGUUAUGUCACCCGGGUUUGUUGAGAUUUUGUCGUCCGCGAGCCGUAAAAUCGUAUGGUACUAUGCUAAAAAUCUUGUUAAUAUAAUGAUUUAUUCAGACUUUCUCCGUCCACUUAUGCCUGAGCUAGUAAAUUUAUUAAAAGCCCAUGUACAAAAACAUGCGAUAAAAUUUAAUUUGAAACUCGAGGCAACAUACAACAGGCCCAACGUACCCAAUUCGUCGGAGAACAGGGCGUUCAAGACAGUGGCGGUAGAAAUUUUCCCAGAUAGUGACAUCAGAACGAUUGCAGAGAGGGCGUAUAUGAAGUUGAUGAAGGAGAAGGACGAAUAUAUGGGUAGAGGAAGUGGAUUUACAUUAGAGUCGAUAGACGGGUUAUUAGUUGCUGUAUAUAAAUAUAUGCUGAUGGGUGGAUCAUCGUAUAUAGAGUUGCCGGCGUUCAUCGACAGGAAGCGGGGUACCAUCAACCCUCAGAAUACGGACCAGGAAUGUUUCAAGUGGGCGAUUUUAGAGAGGCAUGUGAUGGGGCCGACAGUAUUUCAUAUCGGGGAAAAUUAUAGACAGCACGAGGGAAAAUAUAAUUUUGAAGGUAUCACGUUCCCCACGCCUCUAUCAGACAUCAUUAAAUUUGAAAAAAAUAAUAAAAAUGUUUCUAUUAACGUGUACGGCCUCGAUAUAAAGUUUCAACCUCCCAAGAAAUUCCCCACGUACGAGAUCUACCCGCUACGUGUUGUUGACGAAGAAAAAUCCAAUCAUUUCGACUUGUUGAUGGUGACGGACGGCGAUAACUCGCACUACGUAUUCAUUUCAAAUUUUUCACGGCUCGUUCGUGCACAGAAAACUGCACAUGACGGUAGCGUUAUUUUUUGUAAGAGAUGCUUCACCAGCUUCGACAAUCAGAAUUUAAAGUUCAAGUUGAGUGGACAGGAGGCGUUAGAGCAGCACAAGCUGAUAUGCGGGGGACAUAAACCAAUUUUACCAGAGAUGCCGAAGGAGGGUGAUUGUAUUGAGUUCAAGGCGUGGAAAAAAACGAUGAGGCACCCGUUUGCAAUAUACGCAGAUUUUGAGGCGAUCUUGGCGAAGACGGAAGAGGCGAGAGGGGGUAAAACCACGAUUACCCAAAAACACGAAGCGAUGAGCUACGGGUUUUUGGUGAAGGCGAGCGAGGACGUACCGGCGUAGUUAUUGGCAGAGUAUGAGAUACCGGCGGGGCCGGUAAUAUACAGAGGUGAUGAAAACAGGACGGACGUGGCGAGGCAUUUUGUAGAGUCAAUAGUUGAGGUGGCCCAGAAAAUCGAAAAUCUGAUGAAAACGAAUAU